CCAGCCAAUUUUAAGAAUUUAAUUUUUCAUGAUUUUGCCUUUGAUCCCUGAAAACCUCCAUUCCCCCUUCUCCAACUCUCCUGUGUCCCCGCUCUACCUGAAGGCCUUGGGGACCAGCAGCACCAGUGGCAGUAUUGAGCCAUACCUCUCUGGUAUCAAAACGGGAAUUUUCUCAGGCCGAGCGCCCUCUCAUGCAGCAGCGUUUGCCCCUGGCCUGAGGAAGUACCCCCAGGAGGGGGCAAUGCCCUCCCUGACAGCCUCCUCCAGCCAAGCGAAGGCCCUCCUGGCAAGCCUGUCUGCCUCUGGCCUGAGCGCAGAGGCUCUGCUUCUCUCCUCCACCCUGCGUCAUCGCCGCCUUCUACGUGAGCAGCGAGCCUCCUCCUUGCCCCUGCACAGCAGCCAGUCCACCCCGUCUACUCCCACUGCUACCUCCCCUUCCUCAUCCGCUUCGCCCACCACUCCGACUCUUUCACUGUCUCCCUCCUCUCCCACCUCUUUGAGCUCCCUCACCCCACCUUCUGGGGUUCUCAAGCCCAGCGGUUGUAACUCCAGCCUCAACAGCUGCAAGGAGGAUAACAACGAGCAUGUGAAAAAGGACCUUGCCCCUGGCAACUCUCAGUGAUGAACAGGAGGAAGACAUGGGAGAAUUCAAGCACCAUCACAUCAUGAACCAUUAAGAGAAAACAACUGCAUUAUGGAAAAUUCCAGCCUUUUUUUAGCCUCAUAUUUUCUUUUGGGACUUUUUGGCAUUUUCUUGUUUUUCCUCUCUAUUUUUGGCCUCAAUCCAGUAUGCAGAGUCCUCAAAUUUCCAUGGCAAGAACUGCCGUGCUGUAAAAAGGAGUCACAAUCAUCUUCUUGGACAAGUUUCCUACUCUGAUCUGGCUCCACAGUUCCUCUGCAGUUCUCCCACGCAGUCAUACUGCCAGCCUGCCAGAUAGAGAGCGCACAAACAGCCCUCCCCUCCUACCAGCUGCCUGCUGUAAGCUGAUGUGGUCUGGAUGGAUUAACUGACAGUAGCAGUCUCAUAUAAACCCUCACUCAGUGGGGUUGUUAGUGGAGUAGAGAUCAUUUCUAGACUGUGACUUUUAUCAUAGAAAAUAGAGCUGCAAUAAUCACCAAGUCAGUCCAGUAGUUGUGUGUGUUCAGGAUAAUGCUCUCACAUCACCUGGCAGAAUGUGUUCAGAAAAAAAGAAGAUCAAGGUGAUGAUUGUGGUUUCAAGCUGUUUUUUGUUAAAAGGGCAUUUGUGGCUUUUCCCGCAUCACCUGUGUUUUAAACUCUGAACUGGUGCUAUAUUUUCCCCCUCCGUUUGUACACACUGUGUAAAGAGUUUACAUGAUAGUCCUCACGCUCUGAUCUCUGACCUGCGCUUUGUUGCAAGUGUACAUUCCACUGUCUGACUUUACUUUCACAUCACACUGAAUAUUAAUAUGCAUACCUGCAGAACGAAAUCCUUGCAACGGAAAUUUGGAACAAUUUUAGUGAAUUUUCAGAUUAAAAACGACCGUGUAUUUACAAAAGCACAUUGUAGGGAGCAGCACAUUUAUAAAAGAACUGGGAGGUGCAGUUAAACAGACAAGAGGGAAGAAUGGUGAAUUGUAUAGCUAUGUUGAAUUCCUGUAUAUGUGUAUUAACUAGUUAAUUAUGACAAUCAGGAUGUUUUCUGCAGUAGCAUCUUACAGGUUGCUCUGGCAUUUUGGCACCUGACAUAACAAACCUUUCCAAAGACUCGAGCGCAUACACACAGUAAUGAGUAACACACACAUUCUGUCACACAGUCUGCACUUGUCAAGCCAAGCUGUUUGCAGAAAGCACAGACUCUACUUGUUGUUUGUUUCAGCAGAUCUUGUGUGAUGAUUCAGUUCUUAAGUCACAUCUGUUGCACCACUGAUAUUGAGCACUCUGGUAAAAUAUGCCACAUUGACCACAACAUGAUUUCACCCUUUAAAGGAAUCUGAUCUGCAAAGCGACGGAUCAAGUGGUUUCUUUUAAAGUUCAAAGUUACUCUGAUGGGAAGUAGCUUCAGAAAGUUUUCAGCCAUAUUUGCAGGUCUUAAUAUAAAGCAUAAUGCCUUCUUUGAACAAAAUGUAUCUUUCACUGCGGUGAAUCGCACUUCAACAUCUGUGACACAGUUUAAACUCUUGAAUAGUGUUUGAAAGAUAAAGGAAGUUAAUCAGCACAUAUUUAUAGACUUCAGACACAGCUUGACCUUUAAAGGGUCUGCGAUGAGAAUAUGAACACAUGAAGCAAGCACAGUUUUUCUCUCAAACACUUGACCCUUUCCUCUAAUUUUGACUUUGUGAAUCUAGUCAAUUAUGACAAGCACAAAGCGACAAAUGUUCCUUGAAGGAAGAAAAAAAUGCCUGCAUAUUUAAAAUACUGUAGAUUUCCAAUGUUACUGUUGGCUCAUUUGGUGUUAAUACCUGCAUGUUAAAACAUUUGUAAAUGUUAGGCCUUUGGUGCACCUCAGUGAUGGCAUCAGUAUUUAAAGCACAUCAAUGGCCUGUCAGCAAUUCCCUAAAUGUAAACCCUGCACAAGGAACCAUUCUGAAGCUCCCUGUCCUGUGUUUUUGCCUUAAGGCUGCCCUCUGGGGAGAUGAUGGGGUUGAAUGGACACUCAUAGACAAAAUGAUUUAAUUUUUUUUCCAAUGGUUCACAAGAAUGACCGCGUGAAAUCGAUUCUUUGUGGUCGUGAGAUUAAAACAUGUGCAAAAGGGGAUCGUGUCAAAGAGUAGGCAGCUCGAGGAGAGGGGAUUAGUUUGGGGACAUGUGUUUGAAGGCUUCUUUAAUAAGGCUGGCUUUGACUUGCCUUGUCUCCAUCGAGAGCACUUGUGAUAUAAAAGACCCAAAGAGAUGAGAAGACGGGUCUGACAGUCAGAGAGCUGUUACGAGGCUGCUCUCUCCCUGCCCCUCUCACUUUGCUUUGUCUCUGGUGUGGGGUUCUGUGAAAUAAAAACCACUCAGUUUGAGGUGAUCCACAGACAGAGUUUGAUAGGCGAGUUAACAGUGUGUGCAAUAUGUAAUUAGCACUCUUGCAUUUUUGCCAAGGCAGUGCUUGUUGCCUUUGUGAAACUCCUGCCUGUUUGUCUGCAAGGACCUGUUACCAUGUUUUUUCCCAGUGCCUCUAAGACUUUGUUCUUGCCGGAAUUCCCCAGUUGAUCUUGUAUUACAGUAUUAGAUCAGCAGCAAUGACAGAAUAACACUUUUACCCAAAGAAGAGGCUGCAAGGAUUGACUUGUUCCCAUUUUUUCGCAAAAAAAAAAAAGGAAAAGAAAGAAAACAGCACUUGAAAUACAGAGUGUAUCAGGUUGCAGUGGUGGCAUUUGACUAAACACUCCCCGAGUUCUAACAAUGUGAAACUGCAAGCUCACAGCACAGCGAAUUAAGCCUCACCCUGGGUGCUCUGUAGCUCUGCCAGGCAGGUUCAAGCCCUGGGUUUCAUAUUGAGUGAAGUCAAAUGAAAGAAAUUCACUUACUCAUGCUGUUCCACACUCAAAUCCAUAACUCUAAGAGUUAAAUUUGCUGCAUUUGCGUCUGCUGAGCGUUGGGGAGGAAGUAUUCACGCUUGGCUGCCUUCCCCAAGUAAAGUCGGAGAUGAAACCUCCCAGAAUUGCGUGACAGUGCUCUCUGGAAUGAUUUUUUUUUCUAAGACAAGUGUUAGUGGGCUGUGAUUUCAACAUGGCCGGAGGCUUAGAGGGCAUGUCGCAGACACUCACAGUGGAUGCCCCUGGCAAUCAGAAAAACUCAUGCAAACUUGAAAUCAAACAUAGAAGAAAUAUACAUAUAUAAAUAUAUCUAAGUGAGAUGUUUGUGUAUGAUAUUAUAAUUGUGAAGAAAAGUGUGAUAUAUAUAUAGGCCUAGAGUAAAUUAUAUACUGUAAAAUGUCAUCAUCUCUUCAGUUUUAUAUA